AUGGAUUAUAUCGAAGAGCAUAAAUCCAUUAUUAUCAAUGAGUUAGCGACUUCUCUGAGAAAAAGGUUCAAAAAAUUGCAUCCCUUAUCGGAUGAAUGCUGCAUCUAUAGGGCUCCUCAGAGAAGAUGUCAGUUAAAUGAAGGACUCUACACUUCGACAGUAUUCUCCGUUGGGCCGCUUCACCAUCGUAGGGAAGAGUUCAAAGCUAUGGAAGAGUUUAAAAUAAGAUACCUACAAUAUUUUCUUCAACGAACCAAGGUAAGUAUGGAGCAUUUUCUUAUUUUUACAAAGGAUAGAGAAACAAGAUUGCGAAAUUGUUAUGCAGAAAACAUUAAGCAGGGAAGUCAUGAGUUUGUAAAAAUGAUUUUAUUGGAUUCUGUCUUCCUCAUUGAGUUCUCACUGAGGAAAAGCAUCCGCGAUCAAUUCAAUGCUCCUUUGGAUCGAAUAUUUACAAAACCGUGGAUGAUAUACGAUGUAAUGGUUGACACAUUACUCCUAGAAAAUCAGCUUCCGCUGUUCAUUCUUGAAGAUUUGUUUGAUCUAGCCAAAAUAGAAAUGCAUAGUAACAUUUAUGAGGGACUUUCCAUGAGCAAGCUUACCUGUGACCUCUGCAAAGGAAUGGGUAAAUUUCUUUUGAUAGAGGAUAAGUUGUUUGAAGAACAGUUUCCAAAAGCACAACAUUUUGUUGAUAUGAUAAGACUUUGUUUUCAACCAUCGGAAGAAAUUUGUGAACUCAAAACUCUAGUUGCACCAACUAUAACGGAACUUCAGCAGGCUGGAGUUAAGUUUAAGUUGGGUUCAAGCAAUCAUUUAUUUGACUUAAGAUUCAAUGAUGGGACUCUGGAAAUUCCAAAAUUGACAAUAGUCGACAGAACAAAAGCUUUGUUCAGAAAUUUGCACGACUUUGAGGCAUUGAAUAGCGUAACCAACUAUGUUAAUGAUUACAUUAGAAUCAUGAAUUACCUUGUCAGUGGUCCAAAAGAUGUGAAAGUACUUGUGCAGAAUGGAAUUAUUGAAAAUUUGCUUUCUGAUAGUGAAGAUGUUUCAACUCUUUUUCAAAACCUUCAAAAAGAGACCGGCAUAGAUUCUGAUAAUUUCUACUACUCUGGUCUUAUUGAAGAUCUAAAGGCCUACUGCACAUCACCAUGGCACAAGUGGAAGGCAACGUUGAAACAUAAUUACUUCAACACUUCAUGGGCCUCCAUCUCUGUCAUUGCAACUGUUGUUCUCCUCAUUCUCAUUAUCAUACAAGCCGUUUUUUAUUGUCAUCAACAAGUAGAUUCUACUUGUACUGACAUAUGCUUUGCUUAUAUUUCACUUGUAUUACUAGAUUGUUGA